GUAGGCUUACUAAUUUAAUCUGAGAGCUUACUAUUUUAUUAGUUGGCAUCCCUGGGCCCUUCUGUCAACAACGUAAACAUUGACACGUCACAACAGUGAGUGAAUUCAAUUCUUUUGAAUUCAAUAAGAAACUUGCACGAGUUAAAAUUUCAGAACUAAACUACAAUGUCUGAAGACUUCAGUACAUUGACCACUGUGUCUCCGGCACUGACUAAGGACAGACUCAGCAAGGCACUCACAGAUUGGUUCAAUGAGCCGCACACAUUUACACAUUGGGAGUAUGUUAGUGAAACUGGCAAGGGUGAUUCGUACCUCAGCGAACUUAUCCGCAUCAGAAUACAUGGCAUCAAUCAAAAUGAAGUUGCUAACCAUGUUCAAGUCAUACUCAAAAACAUUCCCAAAAGCAUUUCCCGCAGGCUCACCUUCAGAAGUGCCGAAUUCUUCGAAAAUGAGAUCAAUUUCUACGAGAAAGUUCUACCAGCCUUACUUGAGUUCCAAUCCAGCAAAAAUGUUAAAGACCCAUUUGAUAAGUAUGCGAGACUGUUCCUAACAUACUCUGAUGGGACAAAUGAUGUCAUAUGUUUGGAGGAUGCAAGUAUUUACAACUUUGGGAGUGCAGUACGUCAAGAAGGCAUUGAUAUAGAUCAUUGCAAGUUAACAUUCAAAGUCCUGGCACAGUUCCAUGCACUCUCCUUCGCAAUGAAAGACCAGAAACCUGAAGAAUUUAAUAAAAUAAAGACACAAGUCAGAGAGCUGUAUUACCAUGACCGCCUCUGGGGGUGGUACACCAGAUUCUGGAAGAGAAUAUCUGGUAUUGCAAUUGAUGCUGUGGAAAGGGAAUAUCCAGACUCCAUAUACGUUGAAAAGAUAAAGAAGUUUGCAGUUCCUGAAAGGUAUCAGGACAUGAUAGACGCUGCAACUAAAACUGGUGAUAAUGGUGUCAUUUCUCAUGGUGAUUCCUGGACGAAUAAUUUCCUUUACAAAUAUGUUCAAGAAAAGCCAGUUGACGCGAAAAUAAUUGAUUUUCAAUUAUCAAGGUGUGCUACGCCUGUGUUGGAUGUAGCUUUUAUGAUAUAUGGUUGUACAACUCAGGAUUUGAGGGAAAAGCAUUAUGAAGACUUACUCAAGUAUUACUAUGAGGUUCUUUCUACCCAGAUAAGAGAGAUGGGUAGUGACCCAUCGAAGGUGUAUUCUUGGGAACUAUUCAUGAGUGAGAUUAAGAAGUACUCGUUCUUUGGUUUGGCAUUUAGCUUCGAGUCUACGCCUGUCAUCGUUUUGGCACCUGAAGAUGCUAUUGACAUGGAAAUGGAGGGAGACGAAUGUAAGAACAUAGACGAUAUAUGGCAGGUAGGCCCUUUCAAAACCAAGGAGGGAAGACUAAGGGAAGCCAAUAAUAUUAAGCAUUGCGUUGAUAUGGGCUAUAUAUAAGCACUACUAUAACCAAUUUUUAUGGUUGUGUUGCCUUGCAAUAUUAAAUAUUUUCAGGUUGUGUAGCCUCUUUUAAAGUAUAUAAAUUAAGUAUAUUGAGAGUUUGUUUGUUUGCUUGUUUUUUAUUCUAUAGCCCAUUCAUCGAGGAAGGCAAUUUUUUAUCUGGAUAGUUCCCACGGGAUACGGUGGAAACCGCUGGCGGAAUAUGGUGAACUAAUAACCUAAGCUACCUCACAUUUGUCAAUUUUUAAUAUCAAUUUUUUUUGUCAGUAAUUCCUGAGAUUAGCUUGUUCCAGCAUACAAACAAACUCUUCAGGCUUAUGAUAUUAGUAGAAUGAUUGUGUAUGCAAAUUAUCCAGUUUUAUAUUGCCAUAGUCUAAGUUGUAGCUUAAAAACCAUAUACACAUAUAGCUUAAUAGCCAUAGCUUAAAAACAGGGUAGCAAAUUGGUAUAAGAACUCUUUAGAUAUGUAUCAAACAAGCAUCACUAUUAUAUUAGCGUAAUAAGUUUGUGCAAUGAACAAUAUGCUAUUUUAUUUUUAGACAAGUAUUAUGUAAAUUUUAUUUGACAAAUAGUUACUUGCGAUUGAAAAUUGCAUUCCUCUUAUAUCUUAGCUUAGUAGCUCUUAUUUAAUAAUUAUAAGAAUGUAUUUAUAUUUAAUUGCAUUUAAACAUGGUAUUUACAGGUCUCAAAGUUAAAAAAAAAUAGUUCUACAUAUGAGUAAUUCUCACUGAUAUUUUCAUACUCAUUUAAUCAUGACUAUUUUCUUAUAAUUAAUAGAAUUUAAUCAGUUAGUUAUAACAAGACAAAUGUAAUCACAUUUAGCUAUUAUGAAAUAUUCUCGUAUAAAAAAAUCUCAGAUAGAUUUUUAUGACAUCAGACAAUAUCUAUUUUAUAGUUUAACUUACUUUUGUUAUUAUAUUAAUGAAAUUAUGACAUCAAGAAGUUAUUUAUAUAUUUUUAAGUUAAUGCAAUAAUUAAAAUCAGUAUUUGUUUAUUCGAAUAUACAUUUGCAGCUAAAAUAAAGGCUGGUCUUUUGGCACCGCAGUAGUUCUUUAUAGUUCUAAGGUCACAAGCAAUAUGUUGAAAAAAUAUAAUUGAUUAAGUUUUUUGAGCAGUUAUUAUGCAAUAUUUAUAAUAAGAUGUUUUUGUAAACUUUGAGUUCCUUUGAGUGAUUUAUAUUAAGUAUAUGACAAUAUUACCAUUAUUAGUGAAAUUAUAUGAAAUUAUCUAAUUAGUCGACAAUAUUAUGCGAAUUAUUUAUGCAUUCCAGUAUUUUUUUGCA